AUGUCUGAGCAAGACAUUCAUCCAAAAAAAUACUAUGAAUUACGAAGUAUCUAUGAAUACUACAUCGAUUCGUACAAUGGGUUGUAUAAGCUAAAAACGGAAAAUGAAGAAGAAUUAAGCUCGAUUUACAAAAUGAUCAAGACAAAUUUGAUUGAUUCAAAGAAAUAUAUUCCACAAUUAAUUUUAAAAGAUAUUUUAAAUAUCAUUCCAUAUAAUAAUCGAUAUAUAAAGUCAUAUUUAUCUCAUGCCAAAUUCAUAUCUGAUGAUUAUCAUGUAAAAGAGGUCAGUAAUGUUAGACACAUUUCAAAUCUCUUGUUUUACAAAGAAUAUGGAAUUAAAUUAGGCAAAUCUUAUGAUUUCGGAGAAAUUGACUUCAAAAAUCUAGAUAUUCAUACAGAAAAUACAAUUUACAAAGCAAUUAUGUAUGAUGACAAAGAAAGAUUCAUCACAUUCACGGAAACAGAUGAUUUUGAUGAAAAACAGAAACUUGAAAGCGAAUUAUAUCCAUAUUAUUUUGGUGGAUUAUCAUUACUAGAAUUGUGUUGUUAUCACGGAGCAGUUGAUUGUUUCAAGUUAUUAAGAACGAAAUUUGACUCAGAAAUAACUCAAACAUGUCUACAUCUUUCAUUUUUAGGAGGAAAUCCAGAUAUUAUUAGUGAAUGUUUGAACAAUCAAAAACCAGAUAAAGGUUGCAUGACCUUCGCAAUUAUUUCACAUAACAUUGAUUUUGUUACAUUCUUGAUGAACAAAUACAAUAUAGAGAUCGAUUUGUAUUAUUGUGGAUAUUAUCAAAACCUUGAAACAUUUUUAAUUUAUUUUGAUCAAACUAAUGAUAUUAACAAAGUUUUUGUUUACUCAGCAACAUUUGAUAUUCCAUCCCUUUGCAAAUAUUUCCUAUCACAUGGCGUAAAUAUCAAUGAAAAAGCUGGAAAUGAAAAGACUGCGCUUCAUAGUGCAGCACAAAAUAAUAGCAAAGAAACAGCAGAACUUCUUAUUUCAUAUGGUGCAAAUAUUAAUGAAAAAGAUAAAUAUGGACAAACUGCUCUUCAUAUUGCAGUAGAGAAUAAUAGCAAAGAAACAGUCGAACUUCUAAUUUCACAUGGUUCAAGUAUCAAUGAAAAAGAUAAAUAUGGAAAUAGUGCUCUUCAUUAUGCAGUAGAAUUUAGUAAAGAAUUAACAGAGCUUCUUGUUUCGCGUGGCGCAAAUAUCAAUGAUGAAGGUGAAGAUGGAAAAACCGCUUUUCAAAUUGCAGCAGAGAGAAAUAAUAAGGAAAUAGCUUAG